CUCCUGGUUGCCUGAUCAUGAAAACACUCCUGCUCCUUUGACAAGUUCAUGCGAGACGGUAUAUAAGUGUGGCAGAGCUGCUGCUGAUUUUGAACGGCUCUGUAGACGACUGAGGCAGACACACAGGAAUAAAACGACUUUACAGAUAUGCUGCUGCUGCUUGUAGCGUUGCCCCUGCUGGUGCACUCGGCUCCCAACAGGACGGACUCCCUGCCUGCGGACUGUGAAGAUAUUUACAACAACGGCUCCAUCCACAAUGGAGUUUACACCAUCUACCCUGCUGGGUCUGCAGGCCAACCUGUGCAGGUUUACUGUGAUAUGGGCUGUAAGGAAGACGAGAGCCAUGGGGAUGAAAGAUGGACUGUGAUUCAGAGGAGGUUUGAUGGAAGUGUGAACUUCUUCCAGCCAUGGGACGAGUACAAGAACGGCUUUGGGAAUGCAAAUGGAGAAUAUUGGCUGGGUCUGGAGAACAUCUACUUAUUGACAAACAUGGAGCAGUAUCAGCUGAAAGUGGACAUGGAGGAUUUUAACAGAGGCAGCGCUUACGCCCAGUACAGAUCUUUCUACAUCGACCCCGAGGCCAGCAGUUACGCACUGCACAUCAGCGAGUUCAUCGAUGGAGGAGCAGGAGAUCCUUUGAGCAGCAUUAACGGCAAAAUAUUUUCGACUUAUGACAAAACUCCGUACGGCAGCUGUGCAGACAGUUUCUAUGGAGGCUUUUGGUACACUUGCUGGUGGAGUAAUGGAGUGGCCAACCCCAACGGCUUGUACAAGGUCGAGAGCGUUGCUUCAGCAUACUUAGACAAUGGGGUCCUGUGGACCAGCUGGCAAAAUUACUACUCCAUGAAGUCCAUUUCGAUGAAGAUACGCCGGGUGAACAUCGACGACAUUAGCGAAACCUAGCAUGUCAGUGUCUUUCUUAAGUGCAAAAUGAACAAAAGGCAAAUCUUGUGAAAAAUGUUUUUCUUCUGAACAUUUCUGUGCCGUUGUAUUUUGUAUAACAACUAUGAACUUUUACUUUAUAGUAUGUUGGUAUAGUAUAGUCUUGGCAUAGUAACACCCCCCCCAUCUCUCUGUCCAAAUUCAAUAAAAAUGGU